ACUUCAUACAACUAGAGAGAGAAUAGAGAGAUUCAGACUUCAUUGGAGUCGUCUUCUCAAAAUUAACUUCUGUAAGACCAAUGAAUGCUUGAAUUUUCGAUUCAGCCAUUGUAAUUUAGAAUUAGGGGUUUUGGUUGGUGAGUAAGAAGGGUAUGGAGAUAUCGUCACCAUCAUCGAUAUCGUCGUCUGUAGAAAUGAGUAAUGGUGGUGGUGGUGGUGGAGGAGGAGGAGAAGAGCAUGUUAUUGAGCUGGUUAAUAAUAGUACCGAUGCAGAAAUUUCAUCCUUAACUGAUGAAAUUGCGCCUCUUUUACCACAAGUUGACAAAUCUAAGAUCAAUAUCUUUACUCUCUCAUAUCCUCGUAGAAAACAAAGUAAGGAGAGAGUGGUGAAAUCUGGGGAGGUGGAGGUAGCAUUGUUUAAUCAAUUUGUUUCUUGGGCAUGGAGUGGAUCCAAGUACUCGGGUUUAUUGUGCAUGGCAUUAUCUUCCUUGGUAUAUUGUGUCAUGGAUAUCCUAUCAGAUAUUUUCACAGUUGAAGCAAUUCCUUUGUUUGAAACUAUAUUUGCAAGAUGUACAAUUGUUAUGAUCUUGUCAUUAGUAUGGUUGAGAAAGACUGGACAACCAAUUUUCGGACCAGCAAAUGUAAGGCAUCUUCUGGCUUCAAGAGCCCUGAUAGGAUUUCUAUCGUUGUUCAGUUUUAUAUAUAGUGUACAAAACCUUCCUCUGUCUCGAGCUAUAGUGCUGAACUUCACAACUCCAGUUAUGGCUUCAAUUGCAGCGAGAAUAUUUCUGCAAGAGAAGUUGAAAUUCGCAGAUAUUGGAGGUCCAGCAUGCAGUUUCUUCGGCCUGCUUUUUAUUUUCAGACCGAUGCUUAUAGCGCAAGGAGGGAUAGCUCAAACGACAGAGUUAGGCAAUAGUUACAUUGUUAGGGUAAACCACCCGUUUUUUGCUGUGCUAGUCGGUUUAUUGUCAUCAAUUACUGGUGGGAUCAGCUACUGCCUCAUCCGAGCUGGAGCGAAGGCAUCUGAUCAACCUGUUGUUACCGUGUUUUCGUUUAGUCUAGUGGCUUGUCCUGCUGCAGCAGUAUCUACUUUCCUCUUGCAGAGUUACGUCCUGCCUAGUUUCUCUUCGAUUUUUCUCAUGGUAGUCCUUGGUACAUUUGCCUUCUUUGCGGAGGUGCUUUUAGCACGUGGUCUUCAGCUUGAAAAAACCAGCAAAGUUGCAAAUAUGCAUUACAUCGAGCCUCUCUUGUUGCAACUAUUGGGGAUGGGUUUGUCAAGGCUAACACCAUCAUUUGGAAGACUCGUCGGUUGCUUGCUUAUUUUAGUUUCAGUAUGUUGCACAAUAUGCUUUGGACCCGAGAAAGAAAUUGAAUGAAACAGUUGUAGGUGACUGGCCAUUUUCUUAUCUUUGCUUAGGCAAGCAGGGUUGAGGUCUCCAUGGCAGCUGUGCCUUAACGUACUGCAGAUUUUCCUGCUGUUUUGACCUUAAAACAAAACAGUCAUCCAUUUAUAGUAAGAUUCAUCAUUUAGAGGUGAAAAUGCUGAUUGUCAACGACAAUUCGUAUCAAGCCUUGAAGAUCAUUAUCGUAUCAGGCCUUGAAGAUCAUUGCUUGAAGUGACUCUAUCGUGUCAGGCCUCAAAGAUACUUGUACAAUGAAUCACAAAUACUUGUAACCUGACAUUCAAUACUUGUAACCUGACAUUCAGAAUGAGUGUUGUUGAUAGAAGAUUGAUUCAGAAAUUCCAGUAAUGAAAAUUGAGUUCAUAAGAC